AGCCGCACCGAUCUCGUGAAUUCCCCUCCCUGACCACUCUCCCAGCCAGCCCCCAACCCAAAUCGCAAAAAUUGCGGUGUCCUUUUGGACUCUGGCAAGCGACUCCCUCCACCACCAGUCAAGAAACAAGGCUGUGGCCAGUCAAACCAAAGCUUGCCGCCGAGUCGCGGCAAGCGUCUGGGGCCCAGGCGACGACUUGACCCCCGUCACACACGGAACCACACCCUACCCAGCACCAUCACGCAUUCAUGCCACCACGCGAACGACGACUCGAUCAACAUCACCAGCCAGCAAAUCAAUCCUAUCUCACGCCCAAAAAAGUCUCGACCCAUGUACUACUAGUACACUAGCGCACUACCCGUAAACUUCGUCGACGCCGCCGCUUUCGCUGAAGAGCAACUGUUCGAAGCCGGAGGACGGUGGACGACCAGUCCGCGAUUCGGCCGGUUACCCUCUGAUCGAGAGAGAGAGCCUCACACCCGAAGGCCGGAGAGCGAGAGAUCGACAAAGGCGCCGCGCCGGGGCAGCAUGUACUCGAAACCGGAGGACGUCGGUGGAGGCGUCACCACCGCCUUCGCCAUGCAGGGCAAGGUCCCCCUCGCCGCCUGGUCCACCGGCCUCUUCAACUGCUUCGACGACUGCGGCAACUGUUGCGUGACGUGCCUGUGCCCGUGCAUCACGUUCGGGCAGAUCGCGGAGAUCAUCGACCGGGGGUCGUCGUCGUGCGGGACGAGCGGGGCGCUGUACGCGCUGGUGAUGCUCCUCACGGGCUGCAACUGCGUCUACUCCUGCUUCUACCGCGCCAAGAUGCGGUCCCAGUACGGCCUGCAGGAGAAGCCCUGCGCCGACUGCCCCGUCCACUUCUUCUGCGAGCCCUGCGCCCUCUCCCAGGAGUACCGCGAGCUCAAGAAGCGCGGCUUCGACAUGAACCUCGGAUGGCACGCGAACAUGGAGAGGCAGGGUCACAAGCCGGCGAUGACCAUGCCGCCGCACAUGUUCCCCGGGAUGACACGCUGAUCGAUCGAGUGAUCAGCGGCUUCUCUGCAAGAGAUGGGCAAGGCAGGGCAGGGCAGGGCAGCUUGCUAUAUAUGCCCUACAUACGACUAUACGAGCCAGAUUUUUCUUGCGGGUUUGUAAAAAAUAAUUCAAAAUGUCUAUAACUUAUUACGCGUAAUGCAAAUUGCAAGAAGAAUUUGAUGGUUCGUAGAUCACAUAGCCAGGCUUAGCAGAUGGGGAACUUGUUCUUGUUGGUUUCCCUCGGUUCCUUUUUAUAUAAACCUACCAGCAGGUAGUUGUAAUAUGUAUGCAUGUAUGUGCAAUUUUCAUUUCUUGAUGUGUAUGCUGUUUCGUAAACCAUGGCACAUAGAAAUGAUUUCCGAAUUCAGUAUAAUACAAAUUUCCACUAUUUGUGCA